GCUGACUGAGAUACCGCGUCGUUAGAGAGAUCUGCCGCAGCCUCUGCCACAGCCACAGCCGGAGUCGUCGCGGUGCAGCGCAUUUCAAAUAUAAAUACUGGCCUACGAAAUUGUUUCAGUAUCACAAUCCGUUCAACCAUCUUCGCCAGAAGAACCCCAGCAGCAGAGUUCCACAGAGGAAGAAAAACCGAUUUCGUGUGUGCCAAAACCCCCAAACAAGUGACAACACAAAAUGAAGUGCUUUACAUCGAUUGCGCUGCUCGUGUGCCUGGCCGCCUUGACCCGUGCGGAACCGCCAGUGCCCCAGAACCAGUAUCUGCCGCCCAACCAGUCGCCGCAGGCUCCGUCCAACAACUACCUGCCACCCACGCAGGGCUUCCAGAACCCCAGCAGCAACUACCUGCCGCCCCAGCGCACUGGCGGAAACGGAGGUGGCAUCGCGGCGCCCAGCAACAGCUACGGCGCACCCAUUGCCCAGCCCCAGAGCCAGUAUGGAGCCCCGGCGCUGACCGGAGCGAUCUUCAAGGGCCAGAACGGCAACGGAGCCGGCGGCUAUGGCGGCGGCAACGGCAACGGUAAUGGCAAUGGCAAUGGAUACGGACAGCAGCGCGACGAGGAGCAGUACGGCCCGGCCAAGUACGAGUUCAAGUAUGACGUGCAGGAUUACGAGUCCGGCAACGACUUUGGCCACAUGGAGUCCCGCGAUGGCGACCUUGCCGUGGGCCGCUACUACGUCCUCCUGCCCGAUGGUCGCAAGCAGAUCGUUGAGUACGAGGCUGACCAGAACGGUUAUCGCCCCACCAUCCGCUACGAGCAGGUGGGCAACGGCAAUGGCAACGGAAACGGAAAUGGCAACAGCCGCAAUGGCGGCGGCGCCGGCGGCUACGACAGCAAUGCGCAGCAGGGCAAGUUCAACGGCUACUAGAGGGAGGCAGGAGAGGAGUAGAGAUGCCUUCUAGUGUACCCGAGUUAAGUCGACCCCCUAGCUAUACGAUCUACUUCGCGGGAUCGCUGCCACAAUCCCUGGCCGAGUAUUAACUCCGCGGCCAGGGGCAGCAAUUCCUCCAAAAGUCUGACAGUAACUGUCGGACUCCAUCUAUGGCCCUCGCCGCUAUAUCUCUCUCUCUGUCUCU